GAGUCUUUUUCUCUUGAAUCACAAAAGUAAUAGAGAUAGUAAGGGGAAGACAUUUAAAACCCUUGAAUUGAAACCCAUUUAUUUCCCUUUUCACUACUUUCUCUCUCUCACCUUUUCCAUUCUCUCUCUAAAAAGACCCCCAUAGGCCAUAACCAUGGAUACCAUAACUUUACUCUGCACACUUGGUCUCCUCUUCGUAUCCCUUUACUGGUUCAUCUGUAUACACGGCCCAGCCGAACAAAAAGGCAAACGAGCCGUUGAUCUCACCGGCGGUUCAAUUUCUUCGGAAAAAAUCCAAGACAAAUACAAUCAGUAUUGGUCUUUCUUCCGCCGUCCAAAAGAAAUCGAAAAGGCAGAAAAAGUCCCUGAUUUCGUCGAUACAUUCUACAAUCUUGUCACAGAUAUUUACGAAUGGGGGUGGGGACAAUCCUUCCAUUUUUCGCCGUCAAUCCCCGGAAAAUCUCAUCGAGAAGCAACUCUUAUCCACGAAGAGAUGGCUGUCGAUCUAAUCAAAGUAAAACCAGGUCAAAAAAUCAUCGACGUUGGGUGUGGUGUUGGUGGGCCCAUGCGUGCGAUUGCAUCACACUCACGUGCGAAUGUCGUCGGAAUCACCAUUAACGAGUAUCAAGUCAACCGUGCAAAGAUGCACAACAAAAAAGCUGGGUUAGAUUCCUUAUGCGACGUCGUUUGUGGUAAUUUCCUUGAAAUGCCAUUCAAGGACAACACCUUUGACGGAGCUUACUCAAUCGAAGCUACAUGUCAUGCUCCAAGACUAGAAGAUGUAUACUCCGAGAUCUUCCGGGUCAUAAAACCCGGAUCCAUGUUCGUCUCCUACGAAUGGGUUACGACCGAUAAAUACAAUCACGAAGAUCCGGAACAUAGAGAUGUAAUCCAAGGGAUCGAAAGAGGUGAUGCACUUCCGGGUAUGAGAAGUUAUGCGGAUAUAUCCGUUGCGGCUAAGAAAGUAGGGUUUGAAGUUGUUGAAGAAAGGGAUUUGGCUGCCCCACCCGCGAAACCAUGGUGGGAUAGACUUAAAAUGGGUCGGAUCGCUUAUUGGAGGAACCAUAUUGUUGUUACUAUCUUAGCUGCUAUUGGGGUUGCACCGAAAGGAACGGUGGAUGUUCAUGAGAUGCUCUUUAAAACCGCUGAUUAUCUUACACGUGGUGGGGAUUCUGGAAUUUUUAGCCCUAUGCAUAUGAUUCUCUGUAGAAAGCCUCAUGAUGCUAACUGUGUGGACAAAUCGGAUUCUUGAUUUCUAGCCGUUUGAUUUGGUUGUCACUAUCAUCAACGGUUGCUGGGAGACGUUGAAUUUUAUGAUGAUGAUGAGGUAAUUAUUUUUUAGGUUUAAAAAAAUAGUUGUGAUUUUGUGUUCCUCCUCUCAUCAAGUUCUUCAGUACUUUUUUUUUUGGUUUAAUUUUUUUCUUUUAGCCUUUUAAUUAUUUUUUGUUCCCACUUUAUGAUUAAAUAUUAAAUUUGGAUUUGUGCUUAUUCUGGUUGAUUUAAUUUAAUUUAAUUUAAUUUAAUUUGC